AUGGCAAGCCCGACCCCGGCCCUCAAAGCCAUAACCCUAACUCACGUCCGGUACCAGAAGGGCGACCGGCUGGGCCUCCUCCUCGCCUGGAUCUCGCUCGUCCCGGUCUUCAUCACCCUCGGCGGCUUCUUCUCCCACUUCAUCUUCCGCCGCGAGCUCCAGGGCAUGUUCUUCGCCGUCGGCCUCCUCAUCUCCCAGCUCGUCAACGAGGUCAUCAAGACGUCCGUCCAGCAGGCCCGGCCCGAGACGUGCGCCCUCCUCGAGAUGUGCGAUUCUCACGGCUGGCCCUCCAGCCAUUCGCAGUACAUGUUCUUCUUCGCCGUGUACCUAACACUCCUGACCCGCCACAGGAUCGGGGCCCUGUUCCGCCACCAGAUCUGGAUCGUGUGGCUGCUGGUGUGGCCGCUGGCCCUGCUGACGAUGUACUCCAGGGUUUACCUGGGUUACCACUCGGUGGCGCAGGUGUUUGCUGGGGCGGCCCUAGGGGCGGCGCUGGGCGGCGGGUGGUUCUGGGUGGUGAAUAAUUUGCUGUGGUGCCAUUUUCAGGCGAUUGAGGAGAGCGCGUUUGGUAGAUUCUUCUACGUGAAGGAUACAUCGCAUUUGCCCAACGUGCUGAAGUUCGAGUACGAGAAUGCGCGGGCCGCCAGGAAGCAUGUUUCUUACAAGCGGUCCGAUUGA